UAAAACGCUUCAGAGAACCAAAGCAUGAAAGACGUCCCUGGAAGAUAUGGUUUUUAGAUACUUCCAAGCAAGCCAUAGGGAUGUUGUUCAUCCACUUCGCAAACGUCUAUUUAUCAGACCUUACAGAAGAAGACCCUUGUUCACUGUACCUUAUCAACUUCUUGUUAGAUGCCACAUUAGGAAUGCUGUUAAUCUAUGUUGGUAUACGUGCCGUCAGCAGCAUUGUGGAAUGGCAGCAGUGGGACUCCCUUCGCUUUGGUGAAUACGGUGACCCACUGCAGUGCAAGGCUUGGGUGGGCCAGUGUGCUCUGUACAUAAUGAUUAUGACAUUUGAGAAAACCGUCAUCAUUAUAGUGCUGCUUAUACCUCAAUGGAAAGAGGUAGCUUUAUUGAAUCCUAUAGAGAACCCCCAGUUGGAGCUGGCUAUCGUCAUGCUGAUAGUUCCCUUCUUUGUUAAUGCAUUAAUGUUCUGGGUAGUAGAUAAUUUUCUUAUGAAGAAAGGGAAGACAAAAGCUAAACUUGAAGAAAAGGAAGCAGGACAAGAUUCAAGAAAUGGAAGUAAAGUCCGAUACAGGAGAGCAGCAUCCCAUGAAGAGUCAGAGUCAGAAAUCCUUAUUUCAGCAGACGAUGAGAUGGAGGAAUCGGAUCCUGAAGAGGACCUGCGUAGACUGACCAGCUUAAAGCCCAUUAAGAAAAAGAAGCAUCGUUUUGGUCUACGGAAUAUUUAUGCAUGGAUGUCUGUUUCUUAGCCAGCCCCUGUGAAAAAGAAGCGUCCUCCAGUGAAGGAAGAAGACCUCAAAGGAGCCAGAGGAAACCUUUCCAAAAACCAAGAAAUUAAAUCCAAAACCUACCAAGUGAUGAAGCAGUGUGAACAAAUGGGCUCCGCAGCACCUUCCAUAUUCAGCCGGGAUCGCACAGGGGGUGAAACAGUGUUUGAGAAGCCCAAAGAAGAGCCGGCCAAGAGCGUCUUUGGCUGA